ACUAUAUCACACUCUCUACUGCUUUACAUGCAUUUCUGACAAAGGCUGUGUUCAACCUGUUAAACUUUGUAACAAUUAUUUAUAUUUCUCACAUUAAGUCUACGCAUUAAUUUGACCUUUAAUCUGUAGGGACCUGAGCUUCAGUAAGAUAGCAAUAAAUCAUGUGGAAAAUAUGAGUGCUGAAUUGCUGGAGCAUUACAUGAAUCCCAAGUCCCAGAUCCAAGCCCGGUGUCUUCCCAAUGGGCAGUUUGCUCAGCCAGUGCCUGAAAAGUGCUGCCAGAAUCAAAGAUGUAAACCAUCUAUUUUCUCCAAAGCAAGAUCAAGCCCAAAGCAGGGCCACGGUUUAAAUAAUUACUUAAAGAGACACACUAAACAAACCCUAAAGCUUGCUAAAGCAGAACAGCACCUACUGAAGAACCAUAGGAAGGAGGUAUGGACACAAUGGGAGGAGUCACGACUGACAGAGGAUGUGGAACAAAAACCAUGGAAAGACAUAAAAUGUAAAGAGGGGUUUAUGCAAUGGAAGGAGUUUGCACAAGCAGAUCAGGAAGAAAAGGACAGUAUCCUAGAACAGUUGGGUUGUGGGGAGGAGCUGGCACAGGGGAAUGGCUUAGAUUGGAAGAUGGGUUUAGAACAGAGGGACGUAUUUCAUUUCCAUAAAGGACAAGGCUCAGUGAAGCUUCUUGCCUACAGUAAAUUGGAGGAGAAAAUGCAAGAAGUGGAGGGACUGUUAUGUAUGGAACAGGAAGGGAAGGAAGUCAGUGUGAAUGGUAAAACAAGAUCAAUUGUGACACCUGUUGAUUCCAUGCUCUCAUCUACAUACUCAUCUCAUAAGCAAUUAGUGCACAAAGAUAGAAUAAAUAGAAACAAAUCUCUGGCACCAGUAAUGUUGUCUGACAAAACAUAUAAUAAUGAUGUGUUCACUGAACAAAAAUUUCUAAAUGGAUUUAGCCCUAAUAAUAUGUACAUAAAUGAACUGAACACAGAUGCUUUGACCCCAGAUCCAACUGAUAUAGUCACCAUGUUUCCCGAGGUGUGUGAUGCAGGAGAGGCCUUAGCAGAUGCUGAUGGCUUUUCAGACUGUGAUCUCCUUGAACAUAUUGAGUCCUAUUGGAAGUCAGGGAUUAAAGAUGUGGGUGACUGUGGAGAGACAGUAAUGAUGUCUGUGGAAGAGGAGUCAAAGAAUUCUUGUGGAUCACUAUGUACUUUUGGCAAGGAGAGAAGUAAAGUGGUAGAGGAACAGGAACAAAAGAGGCAGGUGAAAAAUCUUUCAUUGAUUAGAAAUUCUCAUUCAGAGCCAACAGUUUAUCCAAAAUCCGAGAAAGAAGCUGAAAUACUGUCUGAAUUUUCUGGUCAUUGCUUCACUUCAUUUUGCUCAUCUGAGCCUGAAGUGACCUCACAUGAAGUAGAAAGCACAGAGACAAGACAAACGCAUGAAAAUGCUCAGGAUGGGUCAGAAACUGAAAAAUCUGAGUUUAAAGCAGGUGACUGCAAUACACCUUCUAUACCAAGUGUCUCUUCCAUUGUCUCUCUACAACCUGAAGAGCAAAAGUCACAGCAGAUGCACGAGUACCAUCAUGAUGGACAAGAGUUAGAAAGCGCAGACAUUCUAUGUAAUAAGACAGUUAUGGCAACAAAGAUGUUAGAAGAGCAUGUCUAUGAAGAAACUGAGCCAAAGAUCCAAACCAAUGACUUUUUGCAGACCAGGAAGUAUUUAAUGACGCGUUCCAUAUCUGUGGAAACCCCCAGACUGGAUCCAUUGAGUACCACAAUAUCCGGAAAAGGACGUUUAAUGCUACACCCACAGUCAUACUACACACGACAUAAUUACCUUGGAGAUAGUUUGCCUGCUUUGACAGGUUCUUUAGGAUGUCUCUCUCCAGGACGUUCAUGCUCCCCUGCUGUUGACAUACCACCUCCUUUUGAGCUGUCUUCUAUCACAAGGCGUCCAAUCCGAAAGAGUACACCUGCUCUGCAAAGUGAUGUGACUGCCUGCAAUAGGAAACUUGACAUUGGCCUUAAACGUUACUUCUUACCAUUACGGUUUUUGAGGAAACCUGAAAGAAGGACAGAUAGUCGCUCCAUGUCAUCUAGGUCCUCUUCAGAGUCAAGUCCACAGGGCUCUUGCCGGAAGUUAAAUUUAAUAAGACAAUGCACAGAAAGCCCUGAGCUUCACAGAGCACAUGGCCGUUCGGUGCCAUCAUCCCCAUCUUCUCUUCGUUUACACAAGGACAUGGACAGGCAAGGUGUGAGCACUGCUUUGGAUAACAAUUUUGGCUCAGCUAGUCCCAACACAUGGGAUAUGUUAAGAGUGGAGUCAGAUGAUUUGAUCCACUCCCUUUUUAUACAGCCUUUACCCCUUUCCAAACCUCGUUCUUUCUCUUCCCCCAAUGUGGACUCGUCAAUUUAUGAGAAUGUUUUAAACACAAGUCCACACUAUGAAAAUGUGCAGGUCCGCCUCUUAUCACCAUCCAGUCAGAAUCAACGAAUCCAGAGUUCAGUCAAUGAUACUGAUGGUUAUGUGGAUAUGAGCAGCCUACCUAGCUUUCAGUGCAAAAGCUCAGAAAAUGAGCAAGAGACAGAGAGUGCUUACACAAUUUGCUCGCCUAUGGUGAGGUCAGAUGGAACGGUAAGCGUAUCUGUAGGUGUUGGGUAUACAAAAGAAGAGGAGAAAAGAGCAUCUGAAAGACUGACUGUUAAUUGUUCUAGAGCAUUUUACACUGUGAAAGAGAUGCUGGAUAGUGAGACACAGCACAUAAAGACUUUAAAGCUUCUAAAUGAGACUGUAUCCGCAGAUGAGCAGCUGAUGAGUCUUUGGAAUGAUUUACCUGCAAUUUCUUCACUCCACCAAGACCUCCACACCCAACUGGAAAGCCGCAUUAAAGAAUGGAAUCAGAAGGAAGGUAUUGCUGACAUCCUUUUGGCCAAGAAAUCAGAAUUUUCAGUUUUCACUUCCUUUAUUAGCCAGCAUGACUCCAAAGUGAGGACUAUGGAGCAGAUGGAGAACACACAGCUGGACAUCAGUGCUCUCAAGCAGCAGUUACUGCAAGUGAUAAUGCGAGUCCUACAAUACAGCAUGCUUCUAACAGAUUACAAAAUUAAUCUCUCAAAAGGCUCCAGAGAAUAUGAGGAUACACAAGCUGCUAUGGUGAUGGUCUCAGAUGUUGCUGCUCAGGCAAAGGACAGCCUCAAGAAUGGAGCAGAUCUUCUGCGUCUGGUCAAUAUCGAGCACAGUGUUCAGGGAUUAACGAACCUGCUUCAGCCUGGGAGGGUGUUUGUGAAAGAGGGAACCCUGAUGAAGGUCAGCAGGAAGUGCAAACAGCCACGACACCUAUUCUUGAUGAGUGAUAUAAUGCUUUACACGUACCCCCAGCAAGAUGGCAAAUACAGACUUAUUAACACUCUGGCACUGACAGGAAUGGAGGUUACUAGACAUUUGAUUGAAAAUACUGAGAAUGCUUUAAAGAUUGAAGUGAAAGACAUUAGUAUCACACUGUUAGCAAGCUCUUCUAUUGAGAGGGAUGAUUGGUUUGUUACUCUGAAUCGAACAGUAGCUGAUCUUGGCUCGUUAUUGAUAGAACCUCCAAGUUGUUUUGAGGUUAGAGAGAAGUCAGGGGUGUGUCUCGGGGAGAACGCUCCACCUCUGGUUUCCGUUUCUCAGGUAGCAGUGUGUAUGAACUGCCCCGUCCAUUUCAGCCUCACACACCGAAGGCAUCACUGUCAUGCCUGUGGCAAGGUUGUGUGCAGAGACUGCUGUAGAAACAAAGUCCCUCUGAAAUAUAUGAAGAACAGACGAGCCAAAGUGUGCGAUAAGUGCUACAGUGAGCUUUGCAAAAAUGAAGGUGAUGCUUCUGUGCUAAUGGGAAGCUCCAGUCGGCCACUCUCUACCGUUUUUCAGAACAUUCACCCAUCCAGUCUGUGGAGGAGCCGCAAAGGACACUUAUCCUUCAAUCAGGUGACAGAUUCUGAGGGUGAGAUGAGUGGGACUCUGCAGAGGAGUCGAAAUAGCAAACGAAGCUGGAAGAGCCUGUGGUUUCUUCUCAAAGAUAAAGUCCUUUAUACAUAUCCACAGCCUGAGGAGAGGGUUGCGUGUGAGUCCCUUCCUCUGCUAGGUUUCUCAGUAAAGUCUGAGAAUGAAGGAGAGAGCAGUGUGUUUCAGCUCUACCACCACACUACACUCUAUUACACAUUUAAAGCUCAGGAUACACACACAGCACAGAGAUGGGUGAGUGCCAUGGAAGAGGCUACAGUCCUAUAGUAGCUGCCAGAGCCAUACUAUGAAGACAAAUCCAUCGGAAGAUGAACAAUUUCUUUCCGUCCAAAGAUGAACUAAUAUCCAGAGUUUUCGUUCAGAUUAACACUGAGGCAUAUAUUUUUUUUAGCAAAGAAGGCACAAAAACGAGAAACACUGUCAUAAUUUCCUAAUGCACUUACAUUAACAUUGAUGUAUUAAGAUUGUAUUUGCUUCUGAGGAACAAAAUGUAUAGUUUUGAUUGUAUAAAUUUACUGCUAAACAUCUAACCAGAGGUUUGUCAAGACAAAUUAAGUACUGAUGAUUCUGCGUGGCUCAGACGUGACUGAUUAGCUACUAUUUGCCAGUUAUUUCCAAACACAGAACCACAUCUGGAAGAUGCACAUAUGGCUAUAUCUAUAUAUGAUUACUAUUAAUUGGUUUCAUUUGUUAUGGUCUAAUAUUUAUAAACGUAAUUAUUUCAUGUUUUUAUAUUGUAGCAGUACCCGCUGCAGUUGAGCCUUUUGGAUUGUCUAUAAUAAUCACGUGCAUGUGCAGAUUGUCAAACCAUUUAUAAAAAUUACAAUAAAGAUGA